UGUGUCAGAUUUGGUUGUUAUUUGGACUCUACUGAUUAUAAUUUCAUCAAAUUCUACGACACAACGCUCUAAUGAAGUCUUAUAUAAACUAUUUAAAUUCCUUGUGGAUAGUGCUAAUACUGAAUUUAACAAAAUAUGGAGAAGCCGGUCAUUGCACGUUUGAAGCGGGUACAUGUGAUUGGGAGAAUGUCCAUAAGUUUGAUGACUUCGACUGGAGCGUGGGAGACUGUAACCGUUUUACACGCAAACACACAGACAACAAAGACAGCUGUGCAUACAUCGAAUCACUUUUGAAACGUUGGGCAGGACACAGAGCAAUGUUGAGACUACCUCUGAACCACACAUCUGCUGUUGUCUCAUUUCGAGUUUUUAUAAACACGGGUGCUGGAGAUCUUAAUCUGUUUCUGAAGACAUCAAGUUUUAAACAACUGCUCUGGAGCUCUAAUGAACUGGAAAAGAACAAAUGGGUUUAUCAGUCUCUUUGUAUCAUCGGAAUACGUCCACCAGCUUGGUUGUUAUUUGAAGCCACAAGGGGAUGGACCCAGGAUUUUCACCAAAACAAACUCGCAGUAGAUGAUAUUGCUGUUGAUCAAGCCUACAGCCACCUUGGCUGUGUCCGUGCAGAUAUCCAUACAACUUCACGGUUUAUGCCUAGGACAACUAUUGAUACAAAUAUCCGUACAACUGCACGGUUUAUGCCUAGGACAACUAUUGAUACAACAAUCCGUACAUCUACACAGUUUAUGCCUAGAGCAACUAAUGGCACAAAUUUUCCUGAACCUUCAGCUAAUCGGAAAUCCACAACAAACUACACUCCGAUAAUCAUAUACACUUCAAUGGCGGCAGCUAUUUUCUGUAUCAGUACCUGUUCUUUUGCAUAUUGUUGUCGCCGUUGCAAAACAUUUCGUAAGCCUUCCACAACACAGCAAAGUGGGCAAACGCUGUCAAAUACAGACACUAUUACAAACACCAUGUUUGCAGCACAACAAGUGCAGAGUGAUGAAACACAUCUCGGACCCGACGGUCCGCCCCCGCCUUAUUCGGAGAUAUGCUUCUUACCCUCCCAUGAUGGGCACACAAUGCAAGUGCGCUACCAUACACUGUCCAAGCCUCCAUCGUACGAAUAUGUGAUGUCGUCGCCUCGGAACUACAAUGUGCAUAUAUAAAUGAUAAAUUUGAGUGAUCUGGAAAAUCUGUUGAAACAGAGAUACGAAAUCAAAAAACGCUUACUCCUCCGUCUGUUAUGAUGUAACGUCUUCAUUUUUAUAAAAAAAAUAUUAAAGUUCAAUUAAAAAAACCUAACUAAUAAUUUUACGCGAAUGAUUAAAAAUACAAGUUUUAUUUCUUCCAGUUGAAGUUAUUAUUUCGCGACUUCUGAUUGGUUGUUUCAUAUUGCGACUUUUUCUACAAAUAAUUACCGCGAUCAUUGAUUUCAUGCCUUGCAGCUCACAGACAAUACAGAAUAUUGUUAAUCAGAUGUCGUUAUAUCUUUUUGUACAUAUAUGUUUUCUCAAGGUAUAUGAGUGUGACCUUUUCUGUUCACAGUCACGUGUAACAAAGGAUUGAUUCCAAUCCUGUUCGACCAUGUUUGCAGCAUUUUGUUACGAAUACAUGCCAAACCACUGUUAAAAACUGCAGCUGUGGCAUCUCCAUGACGUUUGCAAAAAUAAGACAUUGCAUUUUGAGAUGGUGUUAGGUUCUUAUACAACAUAUAGAGUCGAACAUACUCGCUACUUUGCAAAGCAAUUAUACAGUCGAACACGCGUACUUAAUCGUAACAUUCAACUUGCCAAACAUACGGUUAUGCUACCUGGUGUUUGAUGUUAAUCUUGUCUGUUUUAAUCACAUAUACUUUAUUUUUCCAAUAAAAUUAUUCAAAACUGUG